AUGGACGUCGGCCUGGAUCUUUCUAGCGAGUCCUUGACCUUGACCGGUGUUGGAAAACUCCUUUUAAAGGGCUCACUGGACCUUCUAAUUCACAUCCAACUGUUCUUAGACCCAGUUGACAUUCUUGCCUUACGGUCAACAUGUAAACACCUUUGGGACGCGACUCGAUCGCGGACUGUGUGGAUGAAUGCCGUUCGGAAUGUCAGUGUCGCACAGGGUGCAUUUUUACCGAGUUUCCCGCUGCAGGAGAUGUCGCUCGACGACCUGGAACACGCGGCCCUGUCUCCUCGUCGAUUAUGGGCUCUUAUCGGCAAGGCCGACGUAAUGAAACCCUUCCUCAUCCGAGUCUUCACACCUCGUACGUCGCGGGGAGCUGAGCCAGUUUCAAUUGAUGGAGCCCGUCUCGUACCUGGCGGUAGAUUUCUGCUCACCUCGACCAACAACGGGGGUCUUUCCCUUUGGGAUAUUGGCUACAAUGCCGGAACACAUAUGAAGAUAUUUCCCAUUGCCACCUUGGCGGGUUCUUCUGCGACCUCCAGUAGCAGUGUCGCCAAUGUUGGAUGUACACCAGAUUCAAGUGGUUUAUAUAUCUUUAUGAAGAGUCGGCUGGUUAAUGGCCAUGCUCAGGUAUCUUGUUAUGAGAUUUACCCGAUCUCUGAGGCUCCAAACUUCAGCCAACUAGGCACCUUAUCUGCUCGCGGGCCCCUCAAACGGACCGAUAUUUCCAAAGAUUAUUUUAUUGGUACUACAGUGCAGCCAUCAACGCUCAUAAUCUGGAGGUAUACAAAACGAGAGCUUGGUGUCAGCUGGGAUGUUGAUAGCGUUUAUGAUUUGUGGGUUCUUGGUGAUACUGUGAUUACGUUCCAUGAGUACCACUUUUCCUUGUGGACAAUACCAGAACUACAACCGUUGGCCGAUGGGUAUGCCCCGGUUAUCACACAGGAAUCCAAGUGGGUUUUUGCGUAUGCAGUUGAACAAGAAGGAGGGCCGAGUUUAGGUUUACCCAACAGUUGGGUCCCAGAACAUGCUCGAAACCAAUUUGGCAUUUAUCAUGAUGAAACUCCCGCCAUGGCUCUCUACAGAGUCAAGUCUAUCUAUGCUAACCAGGAUCCCGACCUGCCAGACAUUCUUCCCGUGCGUUCCGGCUCUAUGCAACUUUCAAACUCCUUGGGCCUGGGUGCAUCGUACCUCAGUCCGCUCCAUGUAACGGGAGAUGGGUUCCUCCAAACGUGGAAAACGUCGAAUCAUAUCUCCGUUGAUAUUAUGACGAAGCCUAGUCCAGCCAAUCCCACAUACUCCUCUGCCACCUCUAAUAUUUGGAAAGACCCGCGGAACAUAGAAGGACUUGAGUUUGGCUAUGAAUUUUGUCCAGUGACAGGACGACUCAUCGUCCACGUCAAGGGUUCGGAUACUGGUGGUGAUAAUGAAGUGCGGAUUAUGGACUUCAUUCCUCCCCGGUCUUUCUCCCGAAUCCAGACUUAG